CCACCGGUGGAAGUAGUAGUGCAGAAAGCCAUCAUCUACGACCCGCAAAAAUAAGUUCGUCUGUUGAAAUCGUUCUCUCUGUUCUUACGAAUUUCAAUACUAUUUUCUGUUAAACCGAGCCUUGAAUCGAUGAUUUCGAGUACUUGUAGCGGUUGUUCUUGUAAGCCGUUGUUGAUUUCGACAAAAUCAUUAGUUGUGGGAAGGUAUCAUCAUCAUCAUCUUCAUGGGGGUGUAAGUCUGAUUAGAAAAGGGAGGAACAGCGGAGGAAUUUGUAUUGUGAGAGCUUCAAUGGUGGAGUCUUCCGCCGAGAACUCCUCCAAUUUCCUGAAGCGUAUGGAACAAGCUUGGUUAAUCUCUCAGCAACCAAGGCCAGUUGCUUGCUCUUCUUGUGAUUCCAAUGGGCAUGUCGAGUGCAAAUGGUGUGGUGGCACAGGAUUUUUCAUUCUUGGUGAUAACAUGCUAUGUCAAGUACCAUCCAGAAACACGAGCUGCGUUAUUUGUGCUGGAAAGGGAGCAACUUCUUGUGCCAACUGUAAGGGAACUGGAUUUCGUGCAAAAUGGUUGGAACAGCCCCCAAUCCAGUAGUGGUUC